UUCUACUGUCUUUAUUACAUGAGUUUAUAAUAUUGAACAUUGGAGAUUCAAAACUCCCAUCCAAGAAUCAAAUACUUGUUGUUCGGACACUUCUAUAAGAUUUUCAGCAGGAUAAGAAGUCGUUGUAAGUAACUGCGAGUAUGAAGUGGUUGAUACUGAAUUCAGCUAUUGUAGCUUUCUAUUUAUGUACAACAUCCGUUGUGGAAGUGAAUACCAAAAAACCAUACAAGAUCAAAAUACUGGAACUCAAUGGGACUCAAAUCUCCAAUUCUAUUGGUACAGACGAUGAUCUCUUAAGAGAGAUUAUUUCCUCGGGAGAUUGGUUGUUGAACUUUGACCUCAAAAGUUUAUCGAAAAUGGUGGCAACCUUCCACGACUGGCUGCCCGAUGCCCUGGACUUCUACCUCAAAGCUCAUGCUUUGUUUUUGAAAGUUAUCACCUUCACGUUUGCAUUUGCACAAUUUCUAUCUGUCAAGUCCAAUAAAUAA